GUUCUCCACUCUCAUUUGACUUUUCAUUUCUUUGUGGUACAGCAUUCUGAACCUGAAAUGUCGGAUGGCGGGCCGUCACAGUCGGAUGGUGCUCAGUCAGAUCUGUACUUGAAGCUGGGUGUAACUGCAUCCGGGGUCGUCCCACCUGCCUAUGCCAAUGAUCCUAAAUACAAGAAGUAUACACAGCAGGUUGAGAAGUGCCUGAUUUCCUUCGACAGUGUCCACGAAUGGGCAGACUUCAUCUCGUUCCUAAAGCAAUUGCUGAAGACAUUCCAAGCGUAUAUUCAAUUUAAGGAGAUUCCACGGAAGGUCAUCGUAGCGAAGCGGUUGUCACAAUGCCUCAAUCCCGCGCUACCUACAGGAGUCCACCAGCGAGCUCUAGACGUGUAUGCGCAUAUAUUGGCGGUAUUGGGUUCGGAAGGCCUGCUACGUGAUUUGCCUCUCUGGUCAUCAGGCCUCUUCCCAUUCUUUGAGUACGCCGCUACAUCAGUCAAGACAUGUCUUAAGCCCACCCUUUUGAAUCUGUUCGACACGCAUUAUCUUCCUCUACAAGCUGGUCUUCGUCCAGUCAUGAAGUCCUUCAUUCUCGCCCUGCUGCCCGGACUGGAAGAAGAAAACGGCGAGUUCUUCGACAAGGUCCUUGGCCUUUUGGACCGCUUGUCCGGAACUGUGUCGCCAUCCUUCUUCCUCCAAAAUAUCUGGCUGGUCAUGUUGACAUCCCCAUCCUCGCGGGGCACUGCAUUGAACUUUCUCUCGAGGAGGCUGCCCAAACUCAAGCCCGACGAAGAUAUUGUUACUAUAGUGGGUCGAGACAUUGGUCUCAUGAUCAGGGCUGUCUCUGCUGCUCUCGAAGACGACGACUCCCUCGUUCGAAGAGGAGCGCUCGAUGUCCUCUGCCAGUCCUUGCCAUUGAAUAGCAUUGCAGUUAAGAAUGCCCCGGAAGAAGAUCGUUCGAUCCUCAUGCGUGCCGCUACGAGCGUGGUGUUGCGCAGGGACUUAGCCCUGAAUCGUCGCCUAUAUCAUUGGCUCCUAAGCGCAGACGAGAACACUCAGCAGCAGAUGCAGUAUUUCAAGGUGCAUGGCCUUCCUCUAUUAACGACGACUCUAAGGGAGGAUAUCUUCGGCCCUUCCGCCGAAUACUCCCCGUCUCGUCCCUUCAAGAUCUUUAUCUCUCUGCUGGACAAGUGGGAAAUUGGAGCACCUUUAACAGAGGCGCUGAUUUUCGAUGCCUUCCGAGCCCUUAAGCAGGGCAUUGAGUCGGGAGCCGACCCAGGCGACGAGAUGUCUAUGACUGCAAGUACUCUCUAUGAAGCCGUUGAGCCGCUCGCACUCUGGAAACAGCUCCUAAACGCUGCACUGUCUGAUGUAUGCGCCGAAGACGAUCGGGUCGAAGGCAUCAAGAUGGUAGCAUUUAUUGUUACUACAUUCCAUUCGCAUGACGAGGAGGUAGAGGCCAUCCAUCUCCCAAUAUGUUUCGCGGCAACGUUGGAGGCGUUGGUGGUUUCUGCAAGAACGAAGCCAGGGCAUAUAUCACGUAAUUCGUCCAUGGAAUGUCUCGCCUUGCUAUAUGAACUAUCCAAGCACAUCCGGAUAGCCUAUCUGAAGGAGUGGCCUGGUAUCACAAGUGACGAAGCGAAGUCGACUUCCGGUCAGCCGGCCUAUGCUUUCGCGUGCACAUUUUAUGGCAUUGAGAACGCUCCCGGUUUUGUUGUCGAGAGUCAGGCGACUUCUCCAUUGGUCGCAGUCCUCGAUGAUAUGACAAACCUCAGCAUGUACUCCGCUAAAGCACUUUCGACGAACCCGGCGAACCUCUCCAUCCGCGAAACCUUCGUCAAAUCCCUUGUGCUUUUAAGAAACAUGGCACAGCAGCUGCAGGUCAACGCUGAACAAGCUGUCACUCUAGCUUGGAAACCGGACGAGUGGUUGUCUUCAGUGCUGGAGUGCAUCAAGGACAAGGCUACAGUAUUCCCGGUGCUCGACAAUUCGGUGUCUACGGUGAUCGUUUUGCACGAAACCACUUGUCUAGAGCCGAGGUUGUCCAUAGACAAACGAAGUGCUCUGUCGGCGUUGGGCAUUCCCCUGCUGAGACAUCUACGCCCAGCUUGGUCGUCAUACCACCAACGCGCUGUUAACCUUAUUUGGUCUCUCGAGAACACUGCUGGUUCUCAUCAAAUAGUUGCCAUCAUCUCGCAGAGCUUGACAUCUCGCGACUCGCUUGAGGUUCGAGAAGCUUGUGAGGCUUUCGGAGUAUUGUGGCGGUUAACAGACGAUAGCGCUGCCCUGGGUUUCAGAUUGAAAGUACCCAUGAUGAUUGUCCUCGACACGCUGAAGAGUGAUGACCCCAAUUUACGAAGGAUCGGCGAGACUUGGAUUCGUUGCAGUCUCAAGAGCUAUCUGCGUAUCCUUGACCCAUUAAUCUAUGACCUAUGUGACCCUGCUAUAAGACGAUCCACCGUCGUGCCAGAGCUGAACGGAAGGCCGAUCGAACGCUACGAGUACGACCGCCCCUUCGACCAGCGGUAUAUCAUCCAUGUUAUGAGCAUACUGCUUUCUGUCGUGAAGCUUGGAGGCCAAGGGCUGAACAAGCUUGCUAGAGCGACGCCCAUAAGUCGAUCGUCUCAUGCAGCAGUUCGUGAGCGAGCAAGAAGCGUCGUCAACAGUGCACCAGAAACCAGCUACAUGGAUGUCAUCUUGAGUGCCUUGUUGGGUUAUCUCAAGUCGGAGCCGAAGUCCAAACUCUCGUUAACGAUGGGUCCGUCCAACGAGAUACUACAAUCAUCGGUCGUCGACCUCCUACAAGCCCUGAUUGCACGUGGAGAAGUUGACCUGAUUUUGUUACAAGCCACAGAGAAUGACGUUGUCGGGAAACUGUUUACUUGUGUCCACACUGGAAGACUGGAUAUACAGAACAGGCUCCUACACCUCCUUCACUCCGUCAUUUCCGCUUCUAGCGCAAGGAUUCAGUAUGAUUCAUCCCGUGGCCCCAAAGCUCCCGAGCGAGGACCUGACAGCGGUGGCAAGAUAUCUGCACCUCUGUUUACAGUCAAUCCCUUGUUCACACAGACCUUAAUCGACGGUGUCUCGAUACCCUCCAAUCGCGCUAUCCUACAACACUGGCUGGACUUCAUCCUCAUGACGAUACCCCAAUUUCACGACAUGCUCCUCCCGGCUAUUAUACCUCUUAACGACUGUAUCUGCCGCCAGCUCAGGGACGCUCUCUCCGAGGUUGCUCAAGCGUCAGAAAUGAACGCCUCGCUGGCCGACGUAUCCGUGUAUACUACGGAUGCAGACUUCAUCAUGUUGCUAAACGCCUUGGAACGUUUAGUUCUUUUGAGCUUGUCACAGACACCAGACUCGAGUCAAGUGGAGGACGAGAUGCUGCCUGAAAAGUCUGGCCAGGAUGCCGGCGGGCUUCUAGGGUACGUAUCCAAUGUCUUCAGUACCGACUCAGGGCCUGUGGCAUCCGAGGACCCAGCGCAGAUCAAACCUUCCGACCCUCGUUGCAUGCAGGAAGCGAUCCGAGUUCUUUGGGCUUUAUGGGAGCAGCUGGUCGUUCCGCCACAGCCGCACUGGGGCUCGCAAGAAGAAUCUUUGACCCUGAUCUACACUCGAGCGAGAACGCGCUGUCGCCGUGUGUUGGAACACUUGUUCAAGGCACAUCCCCUGGAAGUGCUGGAGUCAGUGGUCGAGUGCUGGUAUCGUAAUACCACGCGAGAUGACUGGGCAUCGUUUGAGCUAGUCGAUGCCUUGACCUCCAGUGCGCAGAAUGUAGUUCACAUGCUCUGCGAGACCAUUACAGUGCGAGUCCCUGGAAUGACCGACCGACCAAGGCGGCAUACGCUCUGUCCUUCCACUUCGGAUAUUAUGCUCUUCGAAUUUUUUGAGCAGUAUCUGGGGCGUCUCGAGGGUCCCCUUGCCGUACAAGUCUGGAGUCGUUGCUUGCAGUUCUUCAAGGAUCUGCUUGCUACCUUCCGCGAAUUCAAAGUUCAAGUGUAUUACGGCUUACGAUGCUUGACGGUCUUGACGGACAAGCUGGCGCAGACGACCGCGCUGGAGGACAAACGAGUGCGGAAGGAUCUUCAGGACACGUACAGCAAAAUGGUAGAGUUGUGCCUAUUUGCGGGAAGAUCGUAUGACCAAAGUAGCUGGAUUCGUCGCGGGCAAGCCACAUUCGGCGUGAAUGGAACUGGACGAGAGUCCCCCGUCCCUCGUGUACGAUCCGAGCUGAAAGUAGACGAGAAGCUGAACUCCAGCUCCACGUCUCUGCCAGCUUCUGUUGCGGAUGCCGCCAAAGCCCCAUCGUCAUCAUCCGACCUGGUAGACCACGUCAACCUUUAUCUUGCUUCAGACGUCGUACCGAGAUUACGCAAGUUUUUGGCCGAGCCGGACAAGAUUUUGACCCUGUCCAGCAGCAUAGUGACGACAGUAGUUUCGCCCUCGUUGAGGAGCCGAGCGAAGCCUCUAGAUGUGGACGAGACGAUACUCGGCAUUCUGCGCGAGCUGACCAAGGUCGCAUCCUCAAUCAAAGCCUGGAGGGGCCCUCUUGUCGACAUAAUCAACGACAACCGAUGCUUCAACUCCACUCCAGCCGCUGGGAAGCGGUGGCGGGUUUUGUUAAAAAUGUUAUUCGAGACGGACAAGUCGGCGUUAACUGAGCUGCUCAGUGAGUCUCUCAACGGCAGACACGUGCGCGAUCCCUCACCUUCAUUUUUAGGUCGCAUCACGACUGCGCCCUCGGCCAAUAUCUUCACCAACAGAGAAUACGAGAUGCUGUUGCGCUCGUUGAAUCUUCGACGGCUGUCCUAUGUCGUCCUGAGCGGGGAGAAGAACCAGUUCUUGACCCAGCUGCCGACCAUUCAAGAAAAGCUUGUCGACACACUGCGGAACGUCAACGCGCCUGUCGUGCAGUGCGAAGUCUACCUUUGUGUACGAGUGCUCCUCUGCCGUCUCUCGCCGCACAACUUGUCCAGCUUCUGGCCGACCAUCCUGACCGAGCUGUAUCGGGUCCUCGAAUCGGUGCUGUUGACACUGCCGUCGGACGGAUCUGAAGAGCUGAGCUUGGUUCUUGCUGCAAGUAAACUCCUUGACCUGUUGCUCGUACUUCAGACAGAAGAGUUCCAAGUCCACCAAUGGAUCUUCAUCACGGACACCGUCGACGCCAUUUACAAACCGGAGAACUUUACCCCUGUCGCGCUGCUCGAUCGCCUGUCCGAGACAGCCGGACAACUCCCGAGCGAAGGGGAGACAGGCAAACAUCGUGACCAGCACGGCAUCCUGCAGUCGCCCGUGACAGAGACCCGCCGUCUGCGCCGGCCGCUGCUCAACUCGAUACACCAGAUCGACAGCAUCCGCGACCUCAUUCCUUUCUUCUCGCAAGUGAGCAUCACGUCGUACGAAAGCGUGUACAGCAGCGGCGGCAACGUGGACUGGGAGGCGGUUGAGGACGGUAUGUUCCAGGACAUGUUCGAAGGACGAUAGGUAGUUGUAGUACUUAGAUGUAGUACUUGAGGGCCUGUAUUUUCAUCUUUCGUGU